UGGAAACCAAUGAAAUUGAUGAGUGAAGUAAGCCAGAUGGUCACUGAAUUAGCCCACGAAGGUUAGCUGGAUUGCUAACCCAACCUGACAGUUCCCCCUUGCCCCUAAGCGAGGUCUGUGGCGUCGUGUGGAAAUACUUGUGCUGCACUAAAGAGCAGUGAAACCUGAGGUUGGUGUGUCAGAACAACAGUGCCAAGGAAUAUCCAGUUGCUUUCUCAUUAAAAACUGUGGUAACGCAGGUUUUCAUAAAGUCGAACCAGACAGAAAUGGCGAGUGAAGCAGAAGAGAAAGAGGCUUUAGGCCCUCCUGAAAACAGAAGAUCCAGGCAAGAUUCAGAAGAUGGUGAAAGUGAGAAAGAGCUGGAGGAUGACGGGGGAGCAGCUCGGAUCCCCCUGCAUCGCUGGGUAAUGCAUGCAGCAGUGAUGUUUGGACGGGAGUUUUGCUAUGCCAUGGAAACGGCGCUGGUGACACCCGUGCUGCUGCAGAUAGGUCUUCCUGAGCAGUACUACAGUUUAACCUGGUUUUUAAGUCCCAUCCUGGGUCUUGUCUUCACACCUGUUAUUGGCUCAGCCAGUGACCGCUGUACUCUGCGAUGGGGCCGGAGGAGACCGUUCAUUCUGGCUCUUUGCGUAGGUGUGCUGUUUGGGGUGGCGCUGUUUUUAAACGGAUCAUUGAUUGGUCUUUCCAUCGGCGACGAGCCAAACAGGCAACCAAUCGGCAUCAUUCUCACUGUCUUAGGUGUAGUGAUCCUGGACUUCUGUGCUGAUGCCUCUGAGGGACCUAUCAGAGCUUACCUUUUAGAUGUUGCUGACACUGAGGAACAAGAUAUGGCACUAAAUAUUCAUGGCCUUUCUGCUGGGCUGGGAGGAGCAGUUGGUUACAUGAUGGGGGGCCUCGACUGGACUGGCACAGCUCUGGGCAGAGCAUUCAAAUCGCAACAACAGGUGCUCUUUCUUUUUGCUGGGAUCUUCUUCAUCAUUUCUGUCACUCUUCACAUGCUCAGUAUCCCUGAGCGAAAUUUCACUUCAUCCAACCAGCUUAAAGACACUGAAGGAGGAGACUCUAUAAGCCAAAUGUCUGUAGGGCCAGUAGGCAACAUGCGACCUCUUUUAGAUGUAGUUUUGGAGGAGGAUCCUUUUGCCCAACCCCCAUCCAGAGAUGACAAAGAAUCAGAACCAGAGAAACAGGAGAUGGACUUCCUUGCUGUUGACAGAGUGCGGAGUAAGAGUGAUUCUGUUUUAGCAAUGGCAGAUGCUACAAUUGAGUUGGAUCCUGACCUUGACAUAGAGCCACACCAUUUCUUGCCUAAUGUGCAAUAUCUACCAGAAACAUUUGGAGAUUUAGAAGAUGCUUUUAAGGCGUCAGAUCACAAUACUGGGGGAUCACCUCUUCGUUCUCCACAACCCUCCAUUACUGAUGAAAUGGCAGCGACAGAACCUACAAACACAGUUUUGGAUGGGUUUAAGGAUCCUACAAAUGGUCAGCCGUCUCUCCCUCGGACCAGCUCUGGCACAGAUGAUGCACCUCUGAAGCAGCAUAUCAAAGCUGGCAAUGGCGCAAGUGUUUGCUUGCCCUCUUCUGAUUGUUCCAAAGUCAUCAAGAGCCACACCAGCAAGCUGGGGAGCCGUACUACAAAUCCUUCAGUUUCACCACGUCCACACCCACCAACCUUCUACAGACAACCCUCCUUCACAUUUUCAUAUUAUGGUCGAGUAAGAUCACAACGUUUUAGACCAAAACAUACAAGACCUUCGAGUCCUCGACCAAUCACCACCUCCCGCAGUCUGAAUGAUCUACGGGACGACGGGGGGCAACUACGCAGGCAGAAGCUGCAGCUGUCUGUCAGCAGUCUGUCUUCUGAGAGCUCCAUCAGUGACGAUGAAGCAGAGAGGGGAGCAACUGUGCGGCUGCUUUGGCUGUCCAUGUUGAAGAUGCCGAGACAGCUAUGGAGAUUGUGCGUGUGUCACCUGCUCACGUGGUUCUCCAUCAUAGCCGAAGCUGUGUUUUACACCGAUUUCAUGGGACAAGUUAUUUUCAAUGGAGACCCUAAGGCAUCAGCCAAUUCUACAGAACUGCAGAAUUAUCACAAAGGAGUUCAGAUGGGCUGCUGGGGACUGGUGGUGUAUGCUGCCACUGCUGCCCUUUGUUCUGCCAUCCUUCAGAAAUCUCUGGAUAAUUUUGAUCUGAGCAUUAAGGUCAUCUACAUCAUUGGAACUUUGGGAUUUUCAGUAGGCACAGCAGUCAUGGCAAUCUUCCCUAAUGUGUAUGUUGCCAUGGUGAUGAUAAGUGGCAUGGGCGUCAUCUCCAUGAGUAUCUCCUACUGUCCCUAUGCUUUACUCGGGCAGUACCAUGAAAUCAAAGAGUACAUUCACCACAGUCCAGCAAACACUCGAAGAGGUUUUGGUAUUGAUUGUGCCAUAUUAACCUGCCAGGUUUAUAUUAGCCAGAUCUUGGUUGCCUCAGCCCUUGGGUCUGUAGUUGAUGCAGUUGGUAGUGUGCGUGUCAUUCCAAUUGUGGCCUCUGUGGGAUCCUUUCUUGGGUUCCUUACAGCCUGCUUCCUCAUCAUUUAUCCUGAUCCUGAGCCUAGCAGCUCAGAACAAGACCAGAUGUUGGAUGUUUUAGCUGGAAAAGAUGAUCACAGUGAAGGAAUGACCAGUAACAAGAGACUGGCUCUGCUGAACCUCACCGACAGCAGUAGUUUGAAGACAGAGUAAUUCUACUUUUGCCUGAGCAUAAGGAUUGAUUAGGUUUUUCCUCCGCAAUUCAAGAUGGCUCAUGAAAAGUAGACUUAAAGAAUCUGGUGUACAUAUGUGAUGGUCUAUGCCUGUUUAGGAAAACAAAACUCAAAGAUAAAAGGGAAAACAUGGCAGAAAGUUGACAGUCCAUCUACAGAUAUCUGGGCAGCAUAGAUUUUUGAUAUAUUAUCGUGUUGGAGAGAAGAACUAAGGAGAGCAGAAACCAUGUCUGUUCUGGGCUGCUCCGCUUUUACCAUCACUACCUCAGCUCUAGUCCAAAUAAAUGUUUAGUCACUACAAGUAAGCCAUGAAAACUUAAAAGCCACAUUGUUGGGAGUCCUUUCAAAUCAGACUACUGAAGCACAGAUUAGAUAAAUUACUAAAGCUUAACGAGAAGCACCGCGCACUUUUUCCGUUUCUCAACAGUGCUGCCAAAAAUAAGCUGGUGGAGCUUUAUGCAAUUUUUUUUAAAUCCAGAACGAAGGCUGCUCAACAGCUGCUGAGGGGCAAUCAUAAUGCUGUAGAAGUGUUACUUUGUGCUUACGUCAAACACUAUAGGAUAAAAUGCACAUCUAGCCAAUAUAUCUGUUUCCAUUCAAAAUGCCUUACAAGUUUGUAAUUAUUUGACAAAAAUAUUCAGAAAUCACAAGUAAAAUCUUCUGCCUUUGUUUACGUUCCAAAGAAACAAGCUUUGUUCACAUUGCUGAUUUUUGUACCAAUUGUUUUCACCUCUUGCCUGCUCAAAACUCCUGCCAAUCAUAAUGCCAUGUUCUUGCAGUACAAAAAACACCCAUCAGAGAGUACCUGACAAGUGACGUGGCCUUACAGCAUCUUCAGAUAAUACUCACCUUGUUUUUCUAACUUUCUUUUUUCAGAUUAGCAACCAGUUGCAAAUCUUUUAGUGAAAAGCCAAUUAUUUGAGGACUGCAUUAUUUAACACUGGUUGAUCAUUGUUUCUGAGAAUUGAUGUAAUGGAGUUUUGGUUUUCAUUGUGAUGAUACUGCAGAGUGAUUUGUUUUGAAAGUUACAUUUAAAGUUCAUUUGAGCCAGCAGAUAAGUUAAUGAUGGAUGUUAACCAAGUCUCAUUUGUUAAACACAACUCUGUUAGGAGUAAGGGGAUUGUUAGAAUAGUUUUCUUUUUCACUUCACAUUACAAGAUAAAUGACUCUUCUCCUGCUGUUCACACUUUCAAGUAUCCAAUUAUGACCUUCUGGCAGCUCUUAAUCUUUGUCCUGUUCUACAGACAGGAUACAGAUGUCACUUUACCUCAGACUGAUGACCGUGUUUUCUGUGAACAUGGCACCACAUGGAAGCUUUCUGCACAGCCUUAACCAAACGGCUGUUUUUAAGGGUCCAUCAUCAAUAGGACUAUAUUAUUGCUUAAUGUGAGAAUUGUUGGCUUUUCCCUGAGCAGUCCACAACUCACAAACAUGCCAGGCGUUGUAGUUGGUUUCAUUGUGGAAUGCCAAUGUUGCAUGAAAGAUAAAGGGAUAGAGGAUAAUGUCUAUGCAAGGCCUACAGUUGACCUGUGCCAAACUUCAAAUUCCCUUUUCUGGGAUGUCAUGACCAAAUAAACCUUAAAGCAAACUCAGGGACAUCUCAGUCUGCUUCAGAGGGGGGGGGGGGGGGUAAAAAAAAAAAACAAAAAAAGGGCUUUUGAAGUUCUCCCUCUCCCCUUAAAGUGAUCUUAAGAUUUUUGUAGCAAACCUUUUACACAGACAGAGCUUCUGAAGGAAAAGGCAGAGAUAAAAAACUAGGACCAAUGAUUUUCCUUGCACAUUGAACAGGGACUCUGCCGGUGGGACAUGGGUGUAGUUUGUUUGUUUGAAAGCACCUUUUGACGAAACAUUUGGGUACAUUGUUCUGUUUUUUUUUAAUAGCAUUAUGCUUUUAAUCCACUACAAGGUACUUGUAUGGAAACUAUUUUACAUCCUACAUGCCAAGUUGCUGUAAAUCAAAAUGGAAGGAUUUUCCUGUUUUGUAGAGAUGUGAUGGGAUUUCUUUUUUCCUCCAUGUACAUUUUUCUUUUAAUCUGGGGCGAUGGAAACACAAUUUCUGUAGCUGUCUCUCGGGAGAAAAUGUUUUUAUUACUUUUUUUAUCCACAAUGGUAAGGAAGCGAGUUGCAUGUUGAUUAAGACUGAUGUUUGGUUCUGUUUGCUGCUGUACAAAUUUUCUAAAGUGAUCACCAGAUGUUGUUGUAUGGUUUAUUUGAAAGAAAAAUAGAGAAAGAAUGCACCUUUUUGUUGAGUUUUUAUUGACAACCAGCCGUAACACACAUUUCUGCCAGCAGUUUGGCUGCUACU